AUGGGGCUCAACGGUUGGGCUUAUCCUCGCCGCACUCCGUACGGCACGCUUCUCCCCGUGUUCCUCUUCGACAACCGCGACCCAAAAUCAAGACCUUUCGCGGUCUCGGGGCGCGUGCUCAUGGACCGUGCAGCUCGCGCUCUUCUUCAGAAAAAGGCUGCGAUUACCUACUCGCUCGACUUCCCGAUCGACGUUGAUGUGGACAUGCCCCCCGCGCUGGGCAUGCCCAUCGCCUCAUGUCUGUCGCAUCCGACAGUAGACGGAUACGCCGAGCCCAAGUUGGUCUACUCCCCGCCCAUCCUCCCACUUACUGCGACGCUCGGGCGUGAACCACCCUAUCCUCGACGCCGUGUGCAACUCGCCCUUCCGCUAGCUCCCCGUCGGCCAUUACCUCACCAUCGUGCGCGACAAGCUCGAGAUCUGGCCGAAGGGAAACGGGCUCGCCCGCCCGAUAGCUGCGUCACGAAGAUUCUUGUCACGCUCCUCGUCAACACGGAGGGGCGCGAGGAGAAGUUUCACGGGCGCGGCGGGAAGGGCGCGAACCUGGAGUGGACCGCGCUCAUCGCCGGCUGCGAGUACAAGGUGCAGCCGGUGCGUGCGGUCGCUCGCCCCACGCUCGCCUACGCCAUCCACCUUAAGAGCUUCGGCACCGCGGGGAUCCACCCCGACACGCUCAUCACGCCGAGCGGGCAGUUCUUCUACCUGCUCUCCCCGGUGCUCAACAUGUCGCGCAGGCGCAAGAUCGCUUUCUACCCCACUGCCGACUACGACGUCAACCCGGGAGAGGUCGUCGCGGAAUCGCUGGUGCCCGGCGGCGGCGAAUCGAUACUGUACCAGGUGCUGAAGAUGUACAAGCUCAUGCCAGAGCUACACUGGACCGCGGGCAGGCAUAUCUGGCCUGUGGACCAGGCAGUGGAGAGGACGCACGAGAACGCGGAGCUCAAGGGACGCUGCCACCCGCCACCGAGGACGUUCCCGUCAUCGCCCCCAUCUCCUGGCGCCGUCCGUCCACGCCUGUGGGCAUCGUCAUCCGCAUCGCGGACGACCGCCGACUGCAAUGAGGAGGACUGCGCCACUGGCGAGCGCGUGUUCCGGCGGGCUGGCGGCCUCGUGGUGGAAAUGAGGCGGGCGGAAGUGGUACUGGCGCUCGAUACGCCUGAAUCGCGGCCGCGGAGCGAGGCCAUCCCUCGUCGGUGCGCAGCGACAGCCUUUUGGUGA